CCGUGAUUAAGAAUUAACGAUCGGUUGAAUCAGUACCUUUAUUUGGAGAAUUCCAGUUAGUAAGAAGUUAAGUGAGUCAAGGAUAUAUACCCAUUACAUCGAGCGAUUUACUUUAACGGCAACUCUAACCAACUGUUCGAGUUGCUCAAUACAUUUGUUUCAAAGAUACAAAAGGUAGGUCAUUGCCAUAGCUUCAAAAAUGCAGGGUACAGUUAAAGAAGAGGAUUGGAUUAAUAGAGCCACAAACGAAGAGUUGCUUAAAGCUAUAACAGAAAUACAAAGCCAUAUUCCUGAAGAAUCAUUGGAAAAUGAGUGUUACAAGAGCUUUCUAGGCAAACUAGAUAUUGAAACAGAGAAAGUUAUGCCAUCUCUGAGUAGGAGGGCAUCAUUGGUGAGAAAGCGUUCAAAGAGUAGGAGUUCUGCUGUAGAUAGGUUUGUCACGUUGACAAAUGAACAGAAAUGUCUUAUACUACAAGCACAAUAUGAAGACCUCAAAAACGAAAGCGAACAGACACGAAUUAGCUUUGAAGAAGCAUUGGAUCUACAAAAAGCUAUUUCUGAAGAGUUGAAAGCACGUCAAGAAGAAAUCCUGAAAAAUUAUAACCAAUUUUGCAAACUAGUGGGAAACAAGAAUUCAUCUGAGGGUCUUCAAGUUGUUCCAGCUGAGAAGGUCUUACGUUUUUCGGACGACUACUCGAAAUUUCUUGACACUCAAUCGGAUAAACUUCGUUUGAAAAAUAGUUCUAUAAAAAGUACUUUGAAGAAAGUUGAAGAACAGCUGAGGCAAAAGGAAUCUGGCGAUGUGUUAGGCGCUGUCGAUUUUGAACAGACGAAGAUAGAUAACACUAAAUGUCUUGCAGAAAUCGAUGAAAAAAAUCAUAAUAUUCAGAAAAUGAAAAUAACUGCUGCAAGGACACUUCAAAUCUUAAAUGGAUACAAAAAAAAGUUAAAUGAAGCAUUACAAGAGGAGAAAUACAUUAAAGAAGAACAAAAGCAACGUCGAGAAAUGCAAAAGCGCGUCGAAAGUGAGACCAUCCUAGCAAAGCAGGAAUUACAAUUUGAAAGAACUCUUAACGAAAAAUUCGAGGACCAAAUCUCAUCAUAUCGUGUACCAUCUGUAAUCGAUUUUGUAAAAUUGGUUAGCGAAGAACGAGAUUUAACACGCAAACAAAAUAUAUACACUCGAAGACUAAAGAUAGCAGAAGUGGAACUACAUUGUCAAAAGAAACUCUGGUUGAAAAAACAACGGGGUAGCCAUAAUGAAACAAUUUAACCGAUGGCGUCUACGGAACAGCUUCACGAUUACUUUUGAAAAUAGAAUUUAUCAGGAUGAUAUUUAUUUAUUUAUCCAUCGUAAUAUACAAAAUAUUGAAACAGAAUUUAUACUCUUUUCUAUAAAAUAGUUUAAAUUGCUUAAAACAUACUAACAGAAGAAUAAGUUAGGCAUACAUGGUAAAUUGCUUGGAUUGGAGCUAAUUUGCACAGUAAAAGAUUUUCUUUAGUCAAUCAAAUUAAUUGACUUAAAAAACUUAAACAUCAGAAUUACUUUUUACUUACUUACGCCUGUUACUUCCGAUGGAGCAUAGGACGCCGACCAGCAUUCAGCAAUCCAUUCUGUCCUGGGCCUUCUUUUCCAAUUCCAUCCAAUUCUUGUUCAUUUUUCUCAUGUCUAUUUCCAUUUCUCGGUGUCAUGUGUUCUUUAGUCGUCCCCUUCUCUUUUGGCCUUGAGGACUACAAGUGAGGGCCUGCCUUGUGACGCAGUUGGGUGCUUUCCUCAAUGUGUGUCCUAUCCAUUUCCAGCGCUCCUUCCUGAUUUCUUCCUCCUCUGGGAUCUGGUUUGUUCUAUCCCACAGUACGUUGUUGCUAAUAGUGUCCGGCCAACGGAUCUGAAGUAUUUUGCGUAGACUACUGUUAAUAAACACCUGUGUUUUCUGGAUGAUGGCUUUCGUAGUUCUCCAGG